AGCAUACAUUAACUUCAUCAUACAGAGUAAUUCUACUCCCAGUUGGCUUUUGGCUACUGCUAUGGAACCUCUAGGAACAGCAACGAUUUUCCUGGUCCUCUGUAUCUCUUGCCUUGUUUUCCUUGCAGUCAGAAGCAGGAAGUCAAGUCAUGGAAACCUUCCACCUGGUCCAUUUCCUCUGCCCUACAUAGGGAAUGCUCUGCAUCUGAAGACAAACCAAUUGGCUCAGAAUCUCCGCAAGCUCAGUGAGAAGUAUGGACCUGUGUUCAUGAUGUAUUUUGGAGCAGAACGUGUUGUAGUGCUGUGUGGCUAUGAUGCCAUAAAAGAAGCCCUGAUUGACCGAGCAGAUGAAUUUGCAGCCAGAGGAAGACUUCCAUUAGCCGACGAAAUCAACAAAGGGCUAGGAAUUGUAUUCAGCAAUGGAGAGAGAUGGAAACAGCUCCGGCGUUUUACCCUCACCACUCUCCGCAACUUCGGGAUGGGAAGGAGAAGCAUCGAGGAGAGGAUCCAAGAUGAAACUCAGUAUCUGAUGGAAAAGUUCAGGGACAUGCAAGGGAAACCAUUUGAUCCAACCUUCCUGCUCAGCUGUGCUGUCUCCAAUGUCAUCUGCGCCAUCAUCUUUCGGAACCGAUACAACUACGAUGACCAGAAGUUUCUAGCCCUUAUGGCCCACUUGAAUGACAACUUCAGCAUUCUGAGCUCUCCUUGGGGACAGCUCUACAACAACUUCCCCUCUUUAAUGAAAGUCGUUCCUGGACCUCACCACAGGGUGCAGACAAAUAUUCAAAGAUUGAGAGAGUUUGUUUCAGAGCAGAUUAAAAUGCACAAAGCUAUCCUGGACCCCACUGCACCUCAGGAUUUUAUUGACAGCUUCCAUAUUAAAAUGGAUCAGGAGAAUCACAAUGGUGCCUCUGAAUUCAAUAUGGAUAACUUGGUGAAUUCCACAGUUGACUUGUUUGGAGCAGGAACAGAGACAACCAGCAGCACAUUAAGAUAUGGCCUCUUGACUCUUCUGAAACACCCAGAGAUACAAGAGAAAGUGCAAAAAGAGAUUGACCAUGUCAUUGGACGAACACGAAGCGCUUCUAUGGCUGAUCGUGGACAGAUGCCUUACACGGAUGCUGUCAUUCAUGAGAUCCAGAGGUUCAUCGCCCUCAUUCCACUGAGCCUCCCCCAUGCAGUGGUCAAAGACACUCCAUUCAGACAAUACAUCAUCCCAAAGGGCACCACCAUAUACCCGGUUCUGGAGUCUGUGCUGCACGACAGCAAAGAAUUUCCUAAUCCAGGAAAAUUUGAUCCACAGCAUUUCUUGAAUGAAGAUGGCACCUUCAGGAAGAGCAACUACUUCAUGCCCUUCUCAGCAGGCAAACGGGUUUGCGCCGGAGAAGGCCUGGCCCGCAUGGAGCUCUUCUUGUUCUUGACCACCAUAUUGCAGAACUUCACGUUGAAACCUCUUACUGACCCCAAGGACAUUGACCUCACGCCCAAGCUGAGCAGCUUUGGAAACUUACCUCGGUCCUAUCAGAUGUUUGCUGUCCCGCGCUGAAAAAGAACCGCACACGGUAAUCCUUUGAUCUCUGGACUGCACAUGGCAACCGUACGAACUGGCAGAGAUGACAGCCUGGAAUGCCCAGCUCUACAUUAUUUUCAUAAAACUGUUUUCUAGCUCCUUCUGGUUGGGGAUCAAAACCAUAAAAGGUGUUUUCUGCCAAUUUUUUUUAAAAGCUGGGCUCUUGCUUCCACUGAAUCAGUGAGUCAAACCUGUUCAUUUGGAGGACCCACCAAAACUCCCUACCUGCCCCUUUCCCUAGAUUUACCAUUCUACUUACAACUCUCAUUACAUGCACACACAAACCUCAGGCCUGUUUAUUCAGUCUCUACACCACCACUCCUCGAAUGCACAAUCUAGGGUGGCCAUACGGAAAGGAAGACCAGGCUCCUGCAUCUUUAACUGUUGUAUAGAAAAGGGACUUUCAGCAGGUGUCAUUUGCAUGCAUGCAGCACCUAUGAAAUUCCCUCUUCUUCACAACAGUUGAAGCUGCAGGAGCCCUGCCCUCUUGAUCAGAUAACUGUCCUCCUCGUCAUAUGGUCACCCUAGCAAAAUACCAACGUUUGGGAAGAGGAAUCAUCUCAUGGCCUAAAAUCUGAAAAUAAAAUAAAUCCAUGAAAAGUGUCACGAGGUGCAUAAACUGGUAUGGCCAAAUUUGUGGCCGGUGGGGUGGGGUUUAAGCACAGAAUUGUAGCCAGGGCUAAAGCCAGGGCCUAAAAGCUAAAUUAGUGUCCUGAUAAAGCAGCAGUUUCUGCAGCUGAAACUCUCCCCACGGCCUGAGUUCGAUCCCAGUGGAAGCUGGUUUCAGGCAGCCGGCUCGGGUCGACUCAGCCUUCCAUCCUCCCGAGGUCAAUAAAAUGAGUACCCAGAUGUUAACUGAAAGCAAAGUUGAGCUCCAAAUAGGGAUGGUGGGAAAAUCAUUCCAUUGAGGGUAUUGGUUUUUAGCAGAUUUUGUUGGGGUGAAUUUUCUCCACAGAGGAAGGAAAUGACUUUAUACUGUUAAAGUGCUUUGCAGAUUUGUCUCUGGACUGCAGCAAGAGUUCAAACCGGAGCCUGGCAGUUUUGGCCUACGUGCAAGACCUGGAGUAGAGACAAUUGGUUAAUUGAACCAAAGGGAGAAAGUAUUUAAGAUGUCCCUGUUUAAAGGCAUCUUGUUGUCAUGUUUGUCAUGUUUGUCAUGUUGUCAUGUUGUUAGUGAAGUAUGCUGUAUAUAUUGAUGACCAUAUGUAAAGGAAAGUUUUGUUUCAGUAAAGUUAUUCUUACUGACAAAA